AUGGCAUCAAAUUCUUCAUUGAAAAUUGAAGAAUUUUCAUCAUCCGAAAAUAAUAAUAGUUCAACUUCAUCAUGUGGAGUUACUACUACAACUAGUGCUGCUUUUAAUGAUUUACCCGAUAGUGUAUUGGGUAAUAUAAUGUCUUUUGUAUUUUCAUCAUUUAAAUAUCAAUUAAACAAGCCUUUGAUAUCUUCAUCAUUCCAUAGAACAAGUAAUAAUAAUUCGGAAGAACAAAAUCAUCAUCAUCAUAAUGGAGAAGUAAAUGAUUCAUCAUUAUCUUCAUCUAUAGAACAAGAUUGUUCUCCAGAGGAAUUAUAUCAUCGAUCUAUUUAUGAAUUGGAAACUCUGCCCUCUGUUUCUCAAUCUCCACUUCAUAAGUAUUUGCACAAGAAUGUAAAGUUUCAUCGUUCUAAUAAUGGAGCAAAUAGAGAAUUUGAUGAAGCAGAUGAUGAAGAUUUUGAUGAGGAUACAAAUUUUGGAUUGAUAGGAAGUGGAGAUAUAAAUUACGAACAAAAGAUGAUUGGUAACUUUUGUGAGUUUUUGCAGAAUUGGAUAAGUUUUGCAUCUGUAAAUAGCAAAUUGAGAAAGUUUAUGAAGAGAAGCAAAUCUGUAGGAGAUUUGAUUGAAUUUGAUUUGAUUAAUUUUGCUUAUUUCUACAUGUUUAAUAAUGAAAAGUUGGUCUCUCCCACCUAUUCAUGUGUUGUGGAAGGACAAGACGUUUUCGUAAGGAAUGAGUAUAGAACUGUUGUUCAUCAAUUAUUUAUGGAUUUUAUCAGAGUAUUUGUUGAUAGAGAGUUUGUUAAGAGAAUUUGUUUGGAUUGUUCCUAUUUGUUUGAUUGGGUUCCUAUUAAUGGGGAUUCUCUUAUUGAUGAUGGUGAUUGCAAGACGUUCACUAUCGACCCAAGCCCAUCAACAACUCCAAAUUAUUUGGAAGAUUAUAACAAGAUGUUUCCCAAUGUAAAUGUCCUUACUAUUAAUUUUACCUACAGAGGAAAAACAGAGGGUUAUGAGGAGAAUGAGCUGAGCCUUGAUGAUUUGCAAUCGCACUUGCUAACACUCGAUACUAGCAAUUUCCAAACUCUCUCACAUUGGAAGCACUUGAAUGAAUUAAGAUUGUGUUGGCAUGUCGAUGUGGAUGAGGAUACUCAAGUAUUGGACCUUGUUUUAGGAUCUCAUCUGAUGCAAGAGUUUUUGAAUAUUGUCUCUGAGGCCAAGAAAAUUAAUCACUUAUUGUAUAUAUCAGUGUAUAUUAAUGGAUCUGCAUUCCAUGUAACAAGGACUGAAUCUGGUCAAAUUAUUUGCAAUGAUUCCUAUCCUACUAGGGUUAUGGAAGAAUUGAGCAAUGUUGUCGACGAAAACUCAAUGCUCAAAUUACUCUAUAUUUGUAUUGAUCAUUAUGGCUAUGCACACUAUAAGAAACAACCAUUGCAACUUUCUCUUAUGGAAAAUAUUCUUCACAUUGAAAUUAAUGACAUUACUUGCCCAACUAUUAACCAAUUAUUUAAUUUAUCAUAUCCUAAAUUGUUGACAUUAAUAUUGACCGACAUUUGUGCUCCAUCAAAGGAGGAGAGAGAUGUUGCCAUUACAUCAAAGUUUCCAAAACUCGAGGAGCUACUCAUCAAAUCCAAAUUGAAUUCCACUAGUAGAUACACUAAAUUCAAUUUGGAUUUGAGCCAUAUGAAAGCAGAAAAGAUUAAGAAAGUUUGUUUGUAUGGUGUAAAUGAUUUCCUCAUUUCUAAGAAUUCAUUUGGAAACGUCAUUGAAACUCUUGAAAUACUAGUGCUGAAGGACAAUACCUUUAAUUAUUCUCACUGGUUUACAAGCUUAUCCUCUCUGAAGAAUCUUCGCUUCAAAGUGGAACCAACAAAAAAGAGAGUGGAUGAAACAGACUACGAUGACGAGUCUGUAAUGCUCUGCACUACACGUAUGAAAUCUUGUACCACAAUUGUUCACGAUAAGCUCACCAAUUUGCAUAUCAAAGAUAGGAAUACAAAGGGAAUUUCUGUAAUAUGCCCUCGUCUCAAGGAGCUCGUAGUGAAGGCACCCAACAUUGAAAGUUGUGAAAUUUUGUGCCCAACCGUAAAAACUAUUGAUUUGAAUGAUAUUUUAAUGGGAUUCGAACAACCACACAAUCACUCUGGAAACUUUAUGAAAUUUAUCAAGUAUUCCUCACAUCAAUGGAAGUGGCACACUCCACUGUUGAAUCAAUUGAAUUUAAUGCACUCCCUGAGACCAAAUUAUACCACCAAUGAUAAUGGAGGAACUAAUGCCCUCAUUCUGCCAAAUGCUCUCAUUUCUCAUGUUAAGGAGUUACAAGUUAAAUUAUCGGUGACUACCUUUGAUAAUGAAAAGGAAUUAUUCCCACCCUUGUUUGCCAGAAUUGAUAAUCUAUGUGGACACAAGAACCUACACGGAACUUUGGAGAAGGUUAAAAUCAAAUUGGAUAUUGCAACAUACUACCUCUCAGAACCAAUGCUCAAACAUUUCAGAGCAGUUUUGGAAUGGAAUGGAAAUGGAAAUAAUGCCUAUGACAGUGAUUCAAUGAAGCUCACAAUACAACAAAUUAUCCAAGUUGCUAAAUGUGUAGACCACUUUACAGAUCAUACCAUGAUUUUGGAUUCUCCAUACUUGGCUUCUUUGGAUGUUCAUUUGGAUGAAAAGGUUGAAAGAACCAAGAUAUCAUGUCCGAACUUGAAGAGAUUUGAACUUAUUGAUUGUAAUUUACCUGGUCGUGUCAAAUUCAGUGAUGAGACUGCCUCAUCCCUUGAACACAUCUGCUUAGUUGGCAUUUGUUCACCAUUCAAUCCACCUCCACACUCAUUCUUUCAAGAAUCUGAAAAUCUUAGAGUUGGUCGAUCCACUCCAAAGAUUUUCUGUUCAAUUAGAGCAAUUGCCAGCAUUGGAAGUUUUGGAUAUCAGAAGAGAAUACGGCCAAACUCCACAUGAGAGAUCCUAUGUACAACUUGAAAAUUACACCCACACCAACAUCAGAAUGAUAAGAAUCAAUAAUAUCCGUAAUGUUAGCAUUUCUUUGAAAUUGGAUACACCUAAAUUAAGAAUUGUUCAAGUUUCAUCAGUGACUUGCAAGAAUUGUGAUAUUGAGUUUGUAAAUUGUCCAAGAUUACUCAAAAAAGAAAUUCAAUUCACCAUCUUACAGCCAUCACCCAGACUUGCUCCUAAGGAAUUUAUAUAAAUUAUUUUGUGAUU